GCAUCCAAUCACGUUGCUCCUGGGCUGACCGAUGCGGAAAUCUCCCUGUGUACUGGGGCUGAGAUCGUGAUGUCCUUGCCUGCUUGUUUUUGGGCUAACCUGAAUUAAAAACUCACCUUCUUCUCUUUUAAGGUCACUGUUUUGUCAUUACCAGAUUUGACUCAAGUAGUUCGUCAUGCCUUUGCAUAAAUACUCCCCCAAAAUUUGGGAUGCGUUGAAGCUGAAGCAGGGCAUCUACGCCCGACUCCCCCAACACUACAUCAAGUCCAUCGAGCCGAAAGAUCCCACGCCUGUCCAUUGGAGACCGCUGGGCAUCCAAUACCGAGCCAACCCAAAGACGGGGAAGAAGGAGCGGGUGCAGGAUGUCCCGGUGCCCAUCUACUACCCUCCACAGUCGCAGAGCGGCCUGUGGGGGGGAGAGGGCUGGGUAUCGGGCUACAAAUACGCCAACAAUGACAAAAUGUCGAAUCGUCUUAAGAAGGUCUGGAAACCAAAGCUGUUAGAGAGAGAGUUUUACAGCGAGAUCCUCGAUCACAAGUUCACCAUCAAAGUCACCCCGCGCACUCUGGACCUCGUUGACGCUGCAUUUGGAUUCGACUUCUAUAUCCUCAAAACAUCAAAGGAAGACCUGAACUCCAAGCUGGGCAUGGACCUGAAGAGAGCCAUGAUGCUCCGCCUGGUGCGCAGAGACUCAGAGCUCUACCCAGCAGACCCUGUGAAGAGAGAGAAGGUCUACAACAAAUACAAACAGCAGGUUGACAUCCCAGAGGGGGAGGUCGAGUGGGUCGGUCUGAGUCUGGAAGAGGCCGUGGAGAAGCAGAGGCAGCUGGAGCACAAGGAGCCGGAGCCUCUGUUUAAGGUCUGUGUGGAGCAGCUGAUGGAGGAGCUGCACAUCCAGAAACUCUCUGAGCCACACGUCACAGUGAAGGAGUGACUCCUCUGAGCGACAGAGGCAGCUUUUCAGACUGAUACUCAAGUAGGUUGAACUUGAAGAGGUGGUGGGAGGGUCCCCAAGUUUCUGUUUCUGAAGCCCCAUCCCCUGGGAGAACUUUCUACAGCUUGUAUUUCCAUCUGGGAGCGACACGAAGACAGAAGAGACACAAAUGAUGAGGUCAUGUUGGAGUAACUCUUAUUUAUUUCAGUUUGUAUUCAAGAUCCACGCAUAAGUACAUUUUAAGAAUUAAGUGUAAACCCUCCAGACCAGCUGUGAUAUCAGGCCCUUGUACAUGAUAUCUAAACAAAAUAAAAGAUUCACGUUUUUUUCUUAAACUUUA